GCAAUGCUUAUAAUGGCUAGCGUGAUUCGAGUUGGGCAAUCACAAUUUGUAUCAACGCCCAUUGAUGAAGAUUCUUACGAUAGGAUCAUGUCUUGUCUGCAUGUUUUGGAACAGUUUUCAAUUGAUGCCUCAAUUAAAUCUGCGUUUCUACAGGACACGAAAGCAGCCUUUGCAAGAAUUGUGGAAGCUGAAGAGAAACGUACUGCAACAAAAAAAGCUAAAAAUAAAACUGUGGCAGCAGUUCAAGUUGAUGAUCUUAUUUCUUUUAGACAAUUUUCAAAACGCAAUUUGGGAGAUGAAGCUGAUGAGUAUGAAUUGGAUUUGACACGUGCUACUGGUCAAAGUGAUCCGAAGGAUGAUUUAAUUUCAAAGCUUAACCGCGUAGUUCAACUUACAGGGUUUUCCGAUCCUGUAUAUGCGGAGGCUUAUGUCAAUGUCCACCAAUAUGAUAUUUUACUGGAUGUCUUGAUUGUUAAUCAAACCAGUGAGACUCUGCAGAAUCUCUCUAUAGAAUUUGCUACUUUGGGUGAUUUAAAACUAGUUGAAAGACCUACACAACAUAAUCUUGCACCCCAUAGUUUUCACAGCGUUAAAGCCACUAUUAAAGUUUCAUCUACAGAAACCGGUGUAAUAUUUGGUAACAUUGUUUAUGAUGGACCGGGUACUUCUGAGAGCAAUUGUGUUGUGCUUAAUGACAUUCACAUUGACAUAAUGGAUUAUAUUAAUCCCGCGUAUUGUAACGAAACUCAGUUUCGAAGUAUGUGGACAGAAUUUGAAUGGGAGAAUAAGGUCAACGUUAAUACCAAUAUCACCGAUUUACGAGAAUAUUUAUCUCACAUUAUGAAAUCAACAAACAUGAGUUGUCUAACUCCGGAAACUGCAUUAUCUGGAAAUUGUGGCUUCUUAUCUGCUAAUAUGUAUGCUCGUAGUAUAUUUGGUGAAGAUGCUUUGGCUAAUCUUAGCAUAGAAAAACAAACUGAUGGUGCUAUUACUGGUCAUGUUCGAAUUAGAAGUAAAACACAGGGCAUAGCAUUAAGUCUCGGAGAUAAGAUCACGUUGG